ACUCUCAAAAUAUUCCAGUCGGGCAACAACUUCCUGCUAAAGCGUGUUAGCGGCGAAAAUAUCAUCUUUUACAAUGGAGUUCAAAAGGAAAGCAACAGAAACUGCUGUAGUCCCUUUAAAGAAACCACGAAAUGAAAUUACUACAUAUGGCGGAGGCCAGAAUGGUGCAUUAACGGAAACGAGUCCACCCAGAAUCUCCAACUUAGAAGCUCCCAUCAUGCAACUUAGCGGACAUGAGGGAGAUAUCUAUACAGCCAAGUUCUCCCCUGAUGGGCAGAUGAUUGCGUCCUCAGGAUUUGACAGAUUGAUAUUGUUCUGGACAGUUUACGGAGAGUGUGAAAAUUUUGCUGUAUUGAAAGGACAUACAGGAGCAGUUAUGGAACUUCAAUUUUCCACAGAUGGAAAUUCUCUCGUAACGGCCUCCACAGACAAGACUGUUGCAUUGUGGGACGUGGAAGUUGGUGAGAGGAUAAAAAAGUUGAAAGGUCACACAACAUUUGUAAAUUCGUGUCAGAUGGCAAGACGCGGACCACAGCUUAUUUGUAGUGGAAGCGAUGAUGGAACAAUCAAGUUAUGGGAUGCAAGGAAAAAAGGAUGUCAGCAAACAUUUCAAAGCGAGUACCAAGUCACAGCAGUGUCGUUUAAUGACACAGCAGAACAAGUCAUAUCUGGGGGAAUAGAUAAUGAUAUAAAGGUAUGGGACCUGAGAAAGAACGACAUUCUGUACCGAUUACGAGGCCACACUGACACGGUGACUGGUGUGCAGCUGAGUCCUGAUGGAUCCUACCUUCUGUCAAACUCCAUGGACAACACAGUAAGAAUUUGGGAUGUAAGGCCCUUUGCACCACAGGAGAGAUGUGUCAAAGUUUUCCAAGGGCAUCAACACACUUUUGAAAAAAAUUUGUUGCGGUGUGCUUGGUCACCUGAUGGCAGCAAGGUAUCCGCCGGGUCAGGUGAUCGUUAUUUGUAUGUGUGGGAUACCACAACACGCAGGAUAUUGUAUAAGUUACCAGGACACGCAGGAUCAGUCAACGAUAUCGGAUUCCACCCCACAGAACCCAUAGUGUUGUCAUGCUCAAGCGACAAGAAGAUUUAUCUUGGAGAGAUAGAAUGAAGUUCUGGUGAUGGUGUACGUGUAAUCUGAUUUAAAGUGACAAUAUGGGCAGCAAAAAGACUAGAAGAAAAUUUAGAACGAGAGUAAUUGUAACUACAGUGACACUGUGUGAUGUCAGGAGGCCUGAUGUAGAGGUGUGACAUCUGUUUAUAGUGACCAGGAGUUACUGAUAUUAACUGAGUGGUGUCCAUUCUUAACUCAGUACUUCUCAUGGUGUGAUUGCGCUCUCUGGCUCUACUGAGAUCUGCGAGUAAUCACACUCUUGAUUUGUGAAUGAAAUGUUUACUUUUAUAUUAUUAAAAGACAAAAAACGA